GCAAAGUAUAAUGUCAACUAGGCAGUCGCCUAGAGCACUAUCCUUAUGGGCAUGGGGAUGCAAAAUGGGAAAGUACCAGUUAAUCUAUUUCAAUGUUAGAGGUCGUGGUGAAGCUAUUAGGCUGUUGUUCAGUGACAACGGAAUUGCAUAUGAGGAAAUAAAUUGUGGAGAGAAUUGGCAGAAAGACUGGAAGCACCAGAUGCAAUUUGGGCAAGUCCCAGCUUUGAGGGAUAAUGAUUUACAGCUUGUGCAGACAAAUGCUAUUCUACGACAUCUAGGAAGAAAGCAUGGACUGUAUGGUAGCAAUGAUGAAGAGGCUUCCUUGAUUGAUAUGAUCAAUGAUGGUAUUGAAGAUCUUAGAGUAAAAUACCUGACUAUGAUCUACAAAAAUUAUGAAAAUGGAAAGGAUGCAUACAUUGCUGACUUGCCUGCACAACUUCAGCCAUUUGAAAAAUUAUUAGCUGAAAAUGGAGCUGAUAAAUCUGGUUUUUGUGUUGGAAGCAAGAGGUCCUUUGCUGAUUACAAUCUUUUCGACCUUCUGGACAUAAAUCUAGUACUACACCCAAAAUGUCUUGAAGAAUUCCCAGUCCUCGACUCAUAUUACAAGCUUUUAUUGGCUCGUCCUGGCAUUGGUGAUCAUCGUGAAUCUGAAUCUUUUAAGCAAAUGCCAAUCAAUGGAAAUGGAAAACAGUAAUGCAGGCUUUUUAACCUGAAAAUUACAAUAUGAGUGGUUUAGUUUUUUCUUUUAGAAGCAACUAAUUAUAAAUUGUUCUAUUUUUAUUUUGAGGUAAAUAAUUUUUCUUGUCAAUGCUCACAUUCAUUGCAGCUAAUAUAUUAUAUUUACAUUUGUUUUUUUUUCCAUUAUAUUUAUACUUUGUUCAGUGUUAAUUGUUAGGAUUAUGAGUAAUAAUUAUUAAUUUAUCUUAUAAUUAAGUUUUAGUUCAUAUAAUAGUCAACUUUCAACCACUAUUUUAAGAAAUUACAACCAUAAUCAAAAGGUGCAUAAGGAUGUAUUUGAGUUUAUUGCAAACUGAUCCAAAUCUGUGAAAUUUAUUAUUUGCUUAAUAAUGUGACAUUUUAAAGUGAUUACAUUUCUGUUGUACCAAAAUAACAUUCUCAAUUUCUACUUUUUACAAACAAGUGUUAAGAUGAAGAAUGUUAUGGUUUUUUGCAUUUUAAAUUUAUAUAUUCCCACAGAAAUUGUUUAAACUUUCUGUAACAUUGUUACAAGAUUAUUUGGAUAUUGUGUUCCUUUUUAGUAUUUCUGAAUCAAAUGUUCUGUUUCACAUUGUUACAAUUAGAUAGGCCUACCUAUUCAGUGACAUAGUUUUCUAUGCAAAUAGUUGGUCUUUAUUUUAUUGAUUUUUAAACUUCUUAUGUCUAUAAUUUUAAAAUUUAUUAAUAAAGGAGAGUUAGCCUUC